AUGGCCAAGCCAUUUAGGCUUGUCCAUUAUAUCUAUCUCACUUUUGCUUUCAGUGUCAUCUACACUGAUGCCGGGACCCAUAGAAACUUCACCUAUGUAUGUGAUCCUGCCAGGUAUGCCCAACUUGGAUUGGAUAUCAAGUCACUCCCCUUUUGUGACAAGAAACUUUCCUACGAUGUCCGAGCAAGAGAUUUGGUGAGACAACUGACACUGCACGAGAAGGUACGACAACUAGGAAAUCAUGCUUACGGAGUCCCAAGAUUAGGGAUACCUGAGUACGAGUGGUGGUCCGAGGCACUCCAUGGUUUGUCCAAUGUUGGUCCAGGUACCUUUUUUGAUAAUUCAGUUCCACAUGCAACCAGCUAUCCCACGCCAAUUCUUACAACAGCUUCAUUCAACGAGUCAUUGUGGAACACAAUUGGGAAGGCUAUUUCCACAGAAGCACGAGCAUUAUACAAUUUAGGGCAUGCUGGAUUAGCAUUUUGGAGUCCAACCAUUAACGUAGCAAGGGAUCCAAGAUGGGGAAGAAUCAUUGAGACACCAGGUGAAGAUCCAUUCGUAGUUGGCACCUAUGCUAUGAAUUACGUGAGAGGCUUGCAAGAUGUUGAGGGAACCGAGAGUAAUAAAUAUAAGGAUUUAAACUCAAGACCACUUAAAGUUUCUGCAUGUUGCAAGCACUUUACUGCCUAUGAUGUUGACAAUUGGAAAGGAAUUGAGCGCUACAAUUUUGAUGCUAGGGUGAUGGAACAAGAUUUGGUUGAGACAUUUAACCGGCCCUUUCAAAUGUGUGUUCAAAAUGGUGAUGUUAGUAGUGUCAUGUGCUCUUAUAACCGUGUUAAUGGCAUACCUACUUGUGCUGAUCACAAACUCCUAAAGGAAACCAUUAGACAAGACUGGGAUCUUCAUGGAUAUAUAGUUGCAGAUUGUGAUUCUGUUGAAGUAAUGAUUAAGGACCACAAAUGGCUAAACGUUGACAAUGAGACUGCAGUUUCAUAUACACUACAAGCAGGUUUGGAUUUGGAUUGUGGAGUUUACUACACCGACAAUGUUGAAAAUGCUGUGAAACAUGGGAAGGUUGGGGAGGGAGAUGUAGACCAGUCACUGCAAUACCUCUAUGUCGUGCUUAUGAGGCUAGGAAUAUUUGAUGGACAGCCUCAAUACAAUUCUCUCGGUAUAAAUGAUGUGUGCACUAGCGCCCACAUCGAGUUAGCAGGAGAAGCAGCGAGGGAGGGAAUUGUUCUUUUGAAGAAUGACAAUGGAAUUUUGCCAUUGGCAACUGAAAGGAACAAAACCCUUGCAGUGGUUGGACCACAUGCUAAUGCUUCCGUUACCAUGAUUGGAAACUAUGCAUUUGCCGCAUAUAAUAAAGGUUCUCCAUGUCGAUACAGUACUCCACUUAAUGGCUUCUCCAGUUAUGGAAGUGUGAACUAUGCAGCCGGAUGCUCCAAUGUUAAAUGUGUUGAUGGGAACUUGAUAGGCGCAGCCGUGGAAGCCGCCAAAAUAGCUGAUGCCACCAUAAUUGUUGCGGGGAUAGAUUUAUCAAUUGAGGCAGAGAGCCUUGACAGGUUGGAUAUCCUCCUUCCUGGAAAACAAACUGAUCUUAUCAACCAAGUUGCUGAUGCUGCCAAAGGCCCCGUAGUUCUUGUAAUCAUGUCAGCUGGAGGUGUUGAUAUCUCCUUUGCUAAGAGUAACCCCAAAAUCCAUGCCAUCUUGUGGGCUGGAUAUCCUGGAGCAGAAGGUGGUCAAGCCAUUGCAGAUGUUAUUUUUGGAAAAUACAAUCCAGGAGGAAGAUUACCUCUUACUUGGUAUCAAGCUGAUUAUGUUGACAAGAUACCCCUAACAUCCUUGCAAUUAAGGCCAGAUGAUAGCAAAGGCUACCCAGGUCGAACAUAUAAAUUCUACGAUGGCCCUACUGUCUUCCCUUAUGGUUAUGGCCUCAGCUACACAAAAUUCAUCUAUACACUAAAAGCCGCGCCAUCAAAAUGGUCGAAAAAAUUAAACAAAUUUCAACACUGCCGUGACCUACCAUAUAAAAAUGGAACCAUCAAGCCUAGCUGCCCAGCAAUUUUAAUAGAUGACUUGAGAUGUCAUAAAAAAUUCACAUUUGACAUUGAAGUAAAAAAUGUGGGUAACAGAGAUGGAGAUGAAGUUGUGUUGAUUUACUCACAGCCCCCACUUGGUAUUCUUGGAACUCAUAUUAAGCAGUUGAUUAAGUUCCAAAGGGUUUCUGUUGCAGCUAGGACGAGUAAGCUGGUUCAUUUUGCCAUAAAUAUUUGCCAGGGCUUGGGCAUUGUAGACUCCAAUGGUAAUGCUGUCUUGCCAUCUGGUUCCCACACAAUCAUCGUCGGUGAUCAUCAAAUUGUACAUCCAAUUCAGUUAACAUAUAAUUAG